UGUGCUAGGAAGUUUGGUGAAGAUAUCGUAUGUAACCGUAACGUUUUGUUCGUGCGGUUUUUAAAUGCAAUCAAUCAAUCAUGUUUUGUAGUUUAUGCAAUAUUCAUUUGUCAAAUGAUAAUGAUGAAAAAUUACAUCUGGCUGGAAAGAAACACCUGCACAUGGCUGAUGUAAACAGAAGAUGGAAAGAGGAAAACGAGAGAAGCGUAUAUGUGAGAGGCUUCUCACCAGGUGCCUCUGAGCUUGCUUUACUUGACUUUUUUGCCAAGUGUGGCAAUGUAGAAAAAGUAUACCUUGACAAAAAACAGUGGAACUAUGCCUUUGUUGUGUUUGAAACUAAACUGGCUGCAGCAGAGGCCGUGAAGAUGAGCGGUGCAACCAUGAUGGGAACCCGACUCGUGGUGCGACCAAAACGCCACACACCUCCGCGCACUGAGACAAGGAAGAAUCCACAGAGGGCAGAACCAGUGGAUAAAUCCACUGUGGAUGGUACCAUUCUGAAUGACUUGAAUAAGCAAGACAGUGUCUCACAACAGAUGGUAAAGUUAGUAGCCGAGAUGCAACUCUCGGCUUCUCAACAUGCAACAAGGCUAGAAAUUUGCUCCUACCUCAAUCAGGUUCUGUCUCAUUUCUUCCCUGCCUGUACUGUUCAUCAAUUUGGGUCAUCAUGUAAUGGAUUCGGAGUGAAGGGAAGUGACUUGGACUUAUACCUCGAUCUACAAAGUGAAAAUUCAUCUCAGACGCACUCCGAGGGCAAGCCACUUCCUCGUGCUGCAUUGAUGGAUAUCGCCAGCUGGAAAAUGGUGAGAGCAGAGAAGAUCAGACCGGAGAAGCUUGCAAACCACACUAUCCAGCAGACAACAGGAUUGCUGCGAGAGAUUGUGAAAGGAUGCCUUCCGGGGACACGUAAUGUCGUGGCCAUCAAACAUGCUCGUUGCCCUGUUGUGAAGUUUACCUACGGCACUGAAGCAAUCCAGUGUGACCUCAGCUUAAACAACAGGCUAGCACAGCGUAAUACUGACCUGCUCUAUCUGUACAGUGUAUAUGAUAGCCGAGUGCGCCCACUAGUGUUUACAGUGAGACAAUGGGCAAAGCUGUGUAAUGUGGGUGGAUGUGGUCAAGGUGCAAGACUCAACAGUUACGCGGUUACGCUGUUGGUCCUAUUCUUCUUGGAGGUGGAACAUGUUGUGCCCUCAGUUCAACAGCUUAAGGAACUAUGCAGUGCAGAUGAGUCGUGCGAGCUGGAAGGUUGGGACUGUAGCUUCUGCAACUGCCUUAGCAAGCUUCCACCACCAGAGUGCUCUCUAACAUCAGCGGAACUUCUUGCAAAGUUCUUCAACUAUUUUGCUAUGGAUUUCGACUUCAACAGCUACGUGGUUUGUCCAAGAACAGGCGAACCAACUCUUACUAGUGCCAUUACAGGUGCUGCUUACAACAGCAACGAUUCAUUUAAGGUAAAUCAGAUGUGCAUCCAGGACCCAUUUUUACUCACUCACAACGUAGCAAUGAAUGUACCGGAGAAAGGCUUUCUGCAUAUAAUGCAGGAGUUUCGGCAAGCAGCCCAAAUUUGCCAGACUUCGGCAUUCGGUGGCAAAACUGACGAGUCACAUGGUGAGAAGUGGGGCCUCGGCCUGCUUCUAGAGGAUUCUUCACAAGUGCAAGGCAAUGUGAUGGCUGGACCAUCUCAGAAACACCAGUUCAGCAUCAUCUUCAGGAAACAGCAAAUAACUGCCGAGUUUUUGAGCAGACAUGAAUCGCCAGAGCAAGUCAUGCGGGCUUGGUUCUCGGAUGUUGUUUCCCUUUUCAAAAUGAUCCUCUGUGAGUGUCUACUCUUCACAUGUGAACUAGAUCCCAGCACACUCCUAUCCACAAGUGACCAACGGAUGGCCAACAGACUUGUGGAAGCAGAUAGCCAUAUCACAAACGUACCCAAUGCUAUUAAUGAUAGCAUUAGUAACACUGGCAAUGACCAACUGAUAGGGCAAAACACAGACAGCUUUGGGAACCAUGCUGCAGUCACAGGGAGCAGUGGAGGUGCGGAUACUAUAAGUUGUAACCCAAGUCCAGCACACACCUUUGAGAGUGCUGGUGAGCGACUCUUGAAAGCUUUACAUGUUAUUGAGGACAAUCACACUGAUGUUAUCUCACCACCCUCUAAGAAGAGAAGUCAUGUUGACGAGACCAGCGACACGGACCCACUUCUGAGCGAACAUAAGCGCUGCAAGCACAGUGAUGUGCCCGUGUCUCUUCCUGAUAGUGCCAACCAUGUAGCUUCACAGUCCCUGUCAGGUAACAGCAGCAUUGCAGUGUCACCGCCCAUGCCAACACAGACUAACACUGAAGUCUUAGAGCCCAUGGCAAGACAGACCAGCAGUGAAGUGUUGGAGCCCAUGGCAACACAGACUAACAGUGAAGUGUUAGAGCCCAUGGCAAGACAGACCAGCAGUGAAGUGUUGGAGCCCAUGGCAACACAGACUAACACUGAAGUGUUGGAGCCCAUGGUAAGACAGACCAGCAGUGAAGUGUUAGAGCCCACGGCAAGACAGACCAGCAGUGAAGUGUUAGAGCCCAUGGCAAGACAGACCAGCAGUGAAGUGUCAGAGCCCACGGCAAGACAGACCAGCAGUGAAGUGUUGGAGCCCAUGGUAAGACAGACCAGCGGAGCAGUGUCACCAACCCUGCAGACUGUGCAGAGUUCGUCUGGUAAUCAGACAAGUAGUGCACUUGAUCAGGUCUGUGAGGGUGCGACUAGUGAAGGUUGCAUAGGGGAGGACAGGGAGUACACAGAGCAGAACAAGGACGAGCGUGACAGCAUACAGGAUAAGAUUAACACUGACAACGGAGCGAUUAAGGAUAAUCGUGGCGCAGGACAGGACAAUCGCGGGCGUGGAGACGAUAAAGAAGAUUUAGGAGUCUUCAUAUUCGAGGCAACACAUCAUACCUGGCACCAGAGGAAGAAGACGAAGCAAAAAGUGCUCUGGGAUUUCCAAGAUCCAUACGGACAGGAGAAAGAGGUUUCUCGGCUGAUCAUUGCCAUGGAUUCUGUUCCUGUCAGCAAGCGCCCCCUGGUGCGGUUUUCUGUUAAAUUUGUUAAGAGUUUGGAGGUUAAUUCUCCAAGUGCCAUGUUACAGUUCCAGCCACUCUGCAAUGAGAAGGAGUUUGGAUUAGUGUUCUCUUUCUUGAAGUCAUACGUGUGUAAACUCAUCAGCAAACAUGAUUUUGUAUAGCAGCCAGUGGCGAGACUGCAUGUUGAAUAUGAUUUGUAAAGAAAUGGAAGUGCUGACAUUUAAUAGCCCUUCAGUAACUGAGAAAACGUAUAUACAUUAUGUCUAUAAAAAAUUGCGUUUUAGAAAUUAGCAACGCUAAUAUCCUGAGGAUCAAUAUAGCCUUAGCAGUCCUGGGAAGGGGUUUCAAUUUCGUGACAAAGUUUGUAAUGAUAAAGGAGCAUGUUUCAAUAAUUAUUGCAAGAAUUAAUCCACAUUUAGUGGAUAAAACAUAAUGUGCAUAUUGUUUGUUGCAUUUCUAAGGUUGUUUUUUCUUUAUUUACCUUGAUUGAACUUGUUCUUUUAUUUUGUCCUUUAUCUCUAAUGGCAGGUGCCCCAUGCUGUCAGAAGGUUAUGGCCUUGAUUAGGUAAUAAAAUAAAAUGGGCAUUUUUCUUAUAUUUUA